AGAAGACGAAAGAAGAAGAAGAAGAGAAGGAGGAGGAAGAAGAAGGAAGAAAAGGAGAAAAAAGAGGAGAAGCAGGCUCUCCGCCUGAGCCAGAGGGAGUAGGCAUGGGCGAACCUCUGGACGUGUGGGCUGCCAACGGCAGCGCCUUCUCGGGUAACGGGAGCCUGGAGCCCCGGCCGGUGGGCGGGAACAGCUCAGCUGACCCCCUAAAGCGCAACGAGGCCAUGGCCAAGGUGGAGGUGACGGUUCUGUGCCUCAUCCUGUUCCUGGCGCUGACGGGCAACCUGUGCGUGCUGCUGGCGCUACACACCACCCGCCACAAGCACUCGCGCAUGUUCUUCUUCAUGAAGCACCUGAGCAUCGCCGACCUGGUGGUGGCCGUGUUCCAGGUGCUGCCGCAGCUCCUGUGGGACAUCACGUUCAGGUUCUAUGGGCCCGACUUCCUCUGCCGCCUGGUCAAGUACCUGCAGGUGGUGGGCAUGUUCGCCUCCACUUACCUGCUGCUACUCAUGUCCUUGGACCGCUGCCUCGCCAUCUGCCAGCCCCUGCGCUCCCUGCGCCGCCGCGCCGACCGGGCGUCGGUGCUGGGCACCUGGCUGCUGUGCCUGGUUGUGAGCGUGCCCCAGAUCCACAUCUUCUCCCUGCAGGACGUGGGCAACGGUGUCUACGACUGCUGGGCCGUGUUCAUCCAGCCCUGGGGGCCCAAGGCGUACAUCACCUGGAUCACCCUGGCCGUCUACAUCAUCCCCGUGCUGGUGCUCAGCGGCUGCUAUGGCCUCAUCAGCUUCAAGAUCUGGCAGAACCUGCGGCUCAAGACGGCGCAGGAGCACCCGGGAGGGCUGGCUUCCCCCGACGACGCCGGCAGCCGGGCCGUCUUGGCCCGGGUCAGCAGCGUCAAGCUCAUUUCCAAGGCCAAGAUCCGCACGGUCAAGAUGACCUUCAUCAUCGUCCUGGCUUUCAUCGUCUGCUGGACUCCCUUCUUCUUUGUGCAGAUGUGGUCCGUCUGGGACCAGGACGCCCCCAAAGAAGCGUCUCCGUUUAUCAUUGCCAUGCUUCUAGCAAGCCUAAACAGCUGCUGUAACCCCUGGAUCUACAUGUUGUUCACGGGCCACCUCUUUCAUGAUCUUGUGCAACGUUUUCUUUGCUGCUCCACGAACUAUCUCAAGACCAAACAAGCGGGCGACACGAGUGUCAGUAAAAAGAGCAACUCCUCCUCUUUCGUCCUGAGCCGGAAAAGCUCAAGUCAGAAAAGUUUUACUCAGCCAUCCACAGAGUGAGGAAGGUACCAAGGCUCAUUGGACUACAGUUCUGCUCUGGUGUAACUUGGCUUAGUUCUGUAUUUGUAUAAAGUUGAUGGUCCCUAGCAUAGUUUUAUAUCUGUGUGGAGGAGGUGUAUUCCUAGUUACCCCAGGUAAGCCUAGAAAAAGUAGUUGAGAGCUUGCUUAAAAAUGGAGAGCUUCGCUCAGUUUGUUAUAGCAGCUGGUGGGAUGCAGGCCUGUGUUCGAGAAACAUACUUUGAAAAACCAUUCCCAGCACAACCUUUUCUUUUUUCCCUUUUAUAACUUACUAUUUGACACUUGUGAUGUUUUUCUAAGCAGUUUUAGCGUAGGAAAUAUUGUUUGAGUUAAAUAGGAGAAACUCUGUAAACAAAAAUGAAGGAAAUAUAAGAGCAUGUUUUAUUCAUCAAUUAUCAAUAUUAAUUGUAUGUAAAUUUGUUGGUAAAUUCGAUACAUUUGUGGGCUUGACGCAGUUCUGCUACUCUCACAGGUUUACUGAUGGUUCAGGCUUUAAACAAGGUGAGUAGUGUGGUUUUUGGAUAGAGAUGAAACUCUCCCCUUAUCUUUGUCAGGGCAGCUCUCUGUACACUGUCCAGGAUGUUCAUUUGCAGGGUGUGAUGGACUGUCCUGACUAAAAAUUGCAAUCCAGGAUUGUGCCACAGACUGCAUACCUUCCCUGGUGAAGAUUUGGGGGGACAAGGAUACAGUGAAUAAUGUAAAUUCACAGCACAGAGAUCAUAAACUACACUAGGACAGUGCUCCUCAUCAGUGGUAUUUGUUGAGCGCUUACAAUACUGUACUAAUAAUGAGGGCUGGAAACUAGGAAUGUAUUAGCAAGAAUGAAUUAGAAAUCUCCUCUGUGGAGAUUUUGAAAAGUGGGGCAAACAGUCCUGCCUUGAGGAAGUGGGGGGCUUACCUUCCACUGGACUGUAUGCUCCUUGAGGGUAGAGAUUGUGUCUACUGAUUCAGUUGUACUCUCCAAAGCGCUUAGUGCAAUGUCUGCCACAGCAGGCACUCAGUAAAUACUAUUGAAUGAUUGAAGGGGGCUAGACCAAGGAAGAUAGACCAAAUGACCUCUUGAGGUUCCUUCCAAAGAUGUGAUUCUCUGAGUUGGAGCAAAACGUGUCCUUUAUUUUUUCGUAUUUCAUUCCAUUUUUUUUCCCUGUGAUGUGUAUUUUAAUUAUUUUGGGGUUUCAUGUUAAAUGACCCUUGAGAUCAUUUGUGAAUCCCCAAUAAUACUUCAAUCUCUGUUUUUCCAUUCAACAAAUGUCAGUAAUUAUUUUGCUCCAACGACUGUUGUGCUUGUGGUUUGUAUCUUGGAAAGUGUGUAAAUA